AUGUCCUUUGACAAACUUUCUAAUGAGAAAGGCAAUGGUGCCGGGCAUGGCGCUUUAGAGGCUCAGCUCCAGAUCGAUCUCGCUAACAAUAUCCAGGCAAAGAUACAGAACCCACUACAUGGCCUCUCACGAGAGCAGCUCAUGGAAAAUGUGGAGGAAUUCGUCAAAGAGAAAGGGCUGGAAGACAAAUUAGGUCUCUUUGAGAAAGCAGCUCUUCUCGCGCAGAACCCGAAAGACUUUGAGCAAAUCUCCGGAAUGACUGAGGAAGACAAGGAAGUUAUCCGGCGAGAAACGACGCAUCGGUGGAGCCAGUCGCGCGAACUGUACUUGACUGUAGUCAUUUGUAGUUUGGCCGCUGCAGUCCAGGGCUGGGAUCAGACUGGCUCUAACGGCGCCAACUUAUCUUUCCCUCAGGCGCUUGGGAUCGACAAUACGCCUGGCAGCCCAAACGCUCAGAGGAAUGAUUGGAUUGUCGGGCUCAUCAACUCCGGCCCCUAUAUCGCUUCCUGCCUUCUUGGGUGUUGGCUUACCGAUCCUCUGAAUCACUUUUUUGGGCGUCGUGGAACCCUCUUUUUCUGUGGUAUCUUCUGCAUUUUAAGCGUUAUUGGACAAGGGUUGGCGCAAACCUGGCCGCAGCUUUUGGUCUGUCGCUUGCUCCUAGGUUUGGGGAUGGGUCCCAAAGCAUCGACAUCCCCUGUUUUUGCCGCCGAAAACGUCCCAGCAAUUAUUCGUGGGGGUCUUGUCAUGUCCUGGCAGAUGUGGGCAAUGACUGCGUUUGGCAUCUUCCUCGGGUUCUCCGCCAAUCUUGCUCUGCAAGGGGUGGGGAAUAUCGCUUGGCGACUAGAGCUUGGGUCUGCCUUCCUUCCUGCCGUUCCAUUGACAAUUGGUAUUUAUUUCUGCCCUGAAUCUCCCCGUUGGUUGAUGAAAAAAGGUCGUUACGCCGAGGCCUUCAGAUCAUUCUGUCGUCUCCGCAACAGUGAACUGCAAGCUGCGCGUGACUUGUACUAUGUCCAUUGCCAGCUCGUGGAAGAGUACAAGGUUCUUCACGGUUCCACGUACUUCACGCGCUUCCUUGAGCUUUUUACGGUUCCCCGCAUACGCCGCGCGACGCUCGCCAGUUGGGUUGUGAUGAUUGCUCAGCAGAUGUGUGGUAUCAAUAUUAUCGCCUUUUAUUCAUCGACAAUUUUCGUACAAGCCGGGUAUUCUUCUAAACAGGCUCUUUUGGCUUCGUGGGGUUUCGGUCUCAUCAACUGGGUUUUCGCAUUUCCUGCUGUUUGGACGAUCGACACGUUCGGCCGUCGGAAUUUGCUGUUGUUCACGUUCCCGAACAUGGCCUGGACUCUCCUCGCAGCUGGAUUCUGCUUCUAUAUCCCAGAAACGAGUCAAGCGAGGGUUCCCCUAAUUGCGUUGUUCAUCUUCAUCUUCGCGGCUUUUUAUUCGCCUGGAGAGGGGCCAGUGCCGUUCACAUACUCGGCGGAAGUAUUCCCACUGACGCACAGAGAGAUGGGUAUGUCAUGGGCAGUUGCGACGUGCCUAUUCUGGGCUUCUGUUAUCUCCUUGACGUUCCCUCGACUCCUCAGUGCUCUGGGACCAGUUGGAGCAUUCGGAUUUUAUGCUGGCCUCAAUGUUGCCGCGUUGAUCAUGAUUUUCUUCUUGAUGCCAGAAACAAAACAACGAACCCUCGAGGAGCUUGAUUACGUCUUCGCCGUGCCUACCUCAAAGCACGCUUCAUACCAGCUCCGCGAGUUCCUCCCGUACUGGAUCCGACGCUACAUUUUGUUUCGGAGGAGGACACAACUCAAACCUCUUUACAAUUUCGACGAGGUAGAGGCGAUCGCCGUCUCUGGCGUUGAGCGUCCGUAG